CAGAGGAGAGAGAGAAAAAAGUUUGUCGUUUCGCUCGAAAAGGGGAAAAAAAAAGCCGAAGAGACGAACGAAGAAAUUCCCCCGUUCGCUGAGCGCGACCCACAGAGGCCUCGUCGAUCUGUGUGAGAGAGGGAGAAGCGCAGUGACUCAGCCUGUGUGUGGAGCACAGGGGAGGUACUGGGACUGAGAGAGAGAGUGAGAGAGAGAGGGGUGGAGGGUGACGGAGACUCACAGACAGACGGGAGAGACAGACACACCGACAGGCGAUUAGGCGAGCCGCCACACGUGAGCACGCUGACAGGAGAGGGGGACAGGUCCCUGCGUCGGUCGGCGAUGGGCGAGACAGUGUGACCGGGGGGGUGACAGGUGCAGCAGACAGGCAGGCAGAGACACGCAGCUGGAGGAGGGUCAGGCAGGCCUGGAGCCAAGCAAGGCAGGAGGUCAGCUGGUCCGGGGAAGCAGGGAGGGCAGUGCCAGUCCGGCGGCCGGCGUGCCAGCGAGGCGCCCCUGGCAGCGCGUCAGCGCGCCCGUCAGAGAGGACCACCCUUCUGCUCCUGGGAAAGCGACUGCAGGGAGGACGCGAGCACACCCCCCGCGGAAGUGGAGCACUGACGAUGCCCCAAGCUCCUGAUCGCUCCGCCUUCCCGCCAGCUGGAGACCCCCUCGCGCACCCCUGAACCUCCAGAGACCCCAUGGAAGCACGUUGCCGCGAUCCGAUGGCUACGGCCGCGCCGCCGCGGCACUGAGGCCGCCAGUGUUGCACCUCCUUCGAACGCACGGCAGGGCGACCUCUACCGGCGGGCGUGUUUGACGAGGACCGCUCCAGCCAGCUCCCCAGCUCCCCAGCUGUCCCAGCGAUCCUUCCCCUAUGCCUCCCAGCAGUCUGUCCUACCCAGACACAGAGUGCGCCCCCCUGCAGGCCACUCCCUCCUCGAGUUAGACGAGACACGCCCCCUCACAGGCCCCGCCCUCUUCCCCUGACACGCCCCCCCCACUGUGUGCAGCCCCGCCCACAUGGGAGGAGCCUGAGCUCCUGCUCCAGCAAGGCCACAGGAGACACAGCCUCCUCUUCCCUCCUCCAGAGCUGCCACGAUGGAGAGCCCCUUCGUCGUGCCCAUGAUGGGCGCGGGGGACGACGUGAUGCCGCGGGACCUCGAGCGGCAGCCGGCGCGGCCCGGCGCGGGGCUCUCGCUGACGGGCUCGUCCCGCCGCAAGCGGGAGUUCAUGCCCGACGAGAAGAAGGACGCCAGCUACUGGGAGAAGCGGCGCAAGAACAACGAGGCGGCCAAGCGCUCGCGCGAGAAGCGCCGCGUCAACGACUUCGUGCUGGAGAGCCGGCUGCUGGCGCUGGGCGAGGAGAACGUGCGCCUGCGGGCCGAGCUGCUGGCGCUCAAGCUGCGCUUCGGCCUGGCCUGUGCCCCCCUGGAGGCUGUACAGAAGCACGAGGUGAAGACAGGAGACCGGGGCAGAGCCUGA